AAGUUUUUAAUUGUUAUAAGAGUGAAUAUAUUUUUGAUUAAAAUAUAUAAAAAAAAAAAACUAUAAAUUUACCGUUUAAUUUUAAAUUAUAUGUUUAUUUUUGUAUAUUAAUUCAUUUUUACAAACCGGACAACAACGUGACAAAAUUCAGUUUGUGAUUAGUCUCGUCAUCUCAGUUUUAAUAUAAUAGCUUGAGUGUUGUGACAUUGGAUCAUUUUUUCGGGAUAUUUAUUUUAAAACUAAACUGAAUAUAAUAUGGGUUUUGUUUUAAAAUUUUUAAGUUUUUUUUUUAAUGAGUACAAUAUACCUUCGGAACCAAUCAAGUUUAUUUUUGAAAUACUAUUGGUUGUAAUAUUCGGCAUUCCGAGGGUUAUUGGAACAACAAUUUCGUAUGUUUAUUUUCCACCGGAACCAAAAAAUAUCGAAGGAAAAUUAAUUUUGAUUACAGGGACCGCUCGGGGAAUCGGCCGUGAACUGGCCAUGCAAUUUCAUAGGUUUGGAGCGAAAAUUGUGUGCGUUGAUAAAGACGAAGUGGGCAAUAAUGAAACAGUCGAUCGGAUCGAGGCGGAAGGCGGCAAAGCGAUAGGAUUUAAAGUGAAUAUUACUGACAAGGAGCAGGUAAUGAUGAUGCACGCGGCUGUGAGAGAUCAAAUGGGUCCCGUAGACAUUCUUGUUAACAAUGCCGCCGUGAUCGAGACGACAUUAUUUGCCAAUCCGGAAGCUGACGACACUAUAUCGGAAAUAGUCAACACAAAUUUACUGGGACAAAUUUGGGUAAUCAGGGAAAUACUUCCAUCGAUGUUGGAAAGGAACAGUGGCCAUAUUGUAACAAUAUCAUCGCUUACGUCAUUUAAAGGGCAGUCUUUACUUUUUGCUUAUUCAGCAACAAAACAUGCUUUAAAUGGUAUGAUGGAAAGUUUAACCGGAGAACUUAAAUUAAUGAAAUCAGACGUAAUUACUACAACUGUUUGUCCAUAUUUUAUCGCAAGCUGUCCAGACAAAUCUAAAAGACGAGUAUUAAGAAUUCCAGAAUUACCAAUUGAAGAUGCUUGUGCAUUGAUCAUCGAUGGAGUAUUACGUAAUGAACGAGUUUUUACAAUUCCUGAUUAUUACUUUUACUCAAUGCAAUUAAUAAAAUGUUUGCCUGAAGAUAUACAAGAUAUGAUUUCCGACAUCGCGUAUACAAAUAUCAAACCAAAACCGGAAGAAGAAAAAAUCAUACAAAAAAACACGAAAUUCUCAGAAAUGCAUAAGCCACAGUUUUCAAUGUUCUCACCAUGCUUAAAAAUGGGUAGUAUGCCUGAUUAAUCAACAGAAAUAUAAUUUCAUCAUUAUUAUUCAAAAAUAUUGUUAAAUCGUAUUUAUUAGUUUAAACCAGUAAACUAUUGUUAAUCACAUUAAAAUGUUUUGUUAAAAAUGUAUUUAUGUUGUAUGCUAAAAUUUAAAGCAAAAGGCUAGAUAAGAUUUAAAAAAUGUAGUAUAA